AUAAGCCCUGCCCUCUCCUGGCUCCUCUUUUCCUCCGGCGACUAUAUUCCUCCUCCUGGUGGUCCUUUCCCCAGCUCCCCUGUGCCCACCCUCUCUCCUCCUUCAACUCCUCCCUCUUCCAGGCUGUCCCUGUCCUCCAACCCACAACUACCCUGUUCCCACACACCACCCUGCCUAAAUUUCCUCUCUCCCACCUCCUGGUGGUCCUUUCCCCAGCUCACUUGUCCCACCCCCUCCCGUCAGCAGCAACUCCCUCCUUCAGCCUAGACUCUCUUAACGGCUGAUUCCCCCGCCCCAGUUCCUCUGUCCCCGCCCCCUUCCCCGGCCUCCUCCCAAGCUGUAUUCCCCUACCUCUCCAGUCUACACCCCUCUCCGGGGCUGCUCUCUCAACUCCCCCCUUUUCUCUGUCCCCGCCCCCUCCCCUGGGCUCCGCCCUCCUUUCGGCCCCUCCCCGGUUCCCCUCCUCGCAUCCCCUCUCCUCCCUCCUCCCUGCUCUCCCUCAGUCCCCGGCUCCUCUCCCUCUUUCUCCCUUUUCUCCUCGGGCGGAGGGGCCCACCGCGGGGGCCCAGCGGGGACCGGCCCGGCCGCAAGGCAGGACCUCACCACCCCCCAUGGCUCCCUUGGCUUUGAUGGGGGUUGCUCUCCUUCUGGGGGUACCCCACUGCUUGGGGGAAGCCACUCCGACCCCUUCCCUACCGCCUCCAGCAGCUAAUGACAGCGAUGCCAGCCCAGAAGGCUGCCAAGGUUCCUACCGCUGCCAACCAGGUGUGCUGCUGCCUGUGUGGGAACCCGAGGACCCAUCGCUGGGUGACAAGGUUGCACGGGCUGUGGUGUACUUUGUGGCCAUGGUCUACAUGUUCCUGGGUGUGUCUAUCAUUGCCGAUCGAUUUAUGGCAUCCAUUGAGGUCAUCACAUCCAAGGAGAAAGAGAUCACCAUCACCAAGGCAAAUGGGGAGACCAGCGUGGGCACGGUGCGCAUCUGGAAUGAGACAGUGUCCAACCUUACACUCAUGGCCCUGGGCUCCUCAGCGCCUGAGAUUCUGCUGACUGUCAUCGAGGUCUGUGGCCACAACUUCCAGGCCGGUGAGCUAGGCCCAGGCACCAUCGUGGGCAGUGCCGCCUUCAACAUGUUUGUGGUCAUUGCUGUUUGUGUGUAUGUCAUUCCGGCUGGCGAGAGCCGUAAGAUCAAGCACCUGAGGGUCUUCUUUGUCACAGCCUCCUGGAGCAUCUUUGCCUAUGUCUGGCUUUAUCUCAUUCUAGCAGUUUUCUCCCCAGGUGUGGUCCAGGUGUGGGAGGCUCUGCUCACACUGAUCUUCUUCCCGGUGUGUGUGGUGUUCGCCUGGAUGGCGGACAAGCGACUGCUCUUCUACAAGUACGUGUACAAGCGCUACCGCACCGACCCUCGCAGUGGAAUCAUCAUCGGGGCAGAGGGAGACCCACCCAAGAGCAUCGAGCUGGAUGGCACAUUCGUGGGCACUGAGGUCCCUGGCGAGCUGGGCGCAUUGGGCACAGGUCCUGCUGAGGCGCGUGAACUAGAUGCCAGCCGGCGCGAGGUCAUCCAGAUCCUUAAGGACUUGAAGCAGAAGCACCCGGAUAAGGACCUGGAGCAGCUGAUGGGCAUCGCCAAGUACUAUGCACUGCUGCACCAGCAGAAGAGCCGCGCCUUCUACCGCAUCCAAGCCACGCGGCUGAUGACAGGUGCAGGCAAUGUGCUGCGCAGACACGCUGCGGAUGCUGCCCGCAGGCCGGGAGCCACCGAUGGUGCCCCCGAUGAUGAGGACGAUGGUGCCAGUCGCAUCUUCUUUGAGCCCAGCCUCUAUCACUGCCUGGAGAACUGCGGGUCAGUGCUGCUGUCCGUGGCUUGCCAGGGCGGUGAGGGCAACAGCACCUUCUACGUGGACUACCGUACCGAGGACGGUUCUGCAAAGGCAGGCUCCGAUUAUGAGUACAGCGAGGGCACGCUGGUGUUCAAGCCCGGGGAGACGCAGAAGGACCUGCGCAUCGGGAUCAUCGACGACGACAUCUUCGAGGAGGACGAGCACUUCUUCGUGAGGCUGCUGAACCUGCGUGUGGGCGAUGCUCAGGGCAUGUUCGAGCCCGACGGCGGUGGGCGGCCCAAGGGGCGGCUGGUGGCGCCGCUGCUGGCCACUGUCACCAUCCUGGACGACGACCACGCAGGCAUCUUCUCCUUCCAGGACCGUCUGCUGCAUGUGAGCGAGUGCAUGGGCACUGUGGAUGUGCGCGUGGUUCGCAGCUCGGGCGCCCGUGGCACUGUACGCCUCCCCUACCGCACAGUGGACGGCACGGCCCGUGGCGGUGGUGUACAUUACGAGGAUGCUUGUGGAGAGCUGGAGUUCGGCGAUGAUGAGACCAUGAAAACUCUUCAGGUCAAGAUAGUGGAUGACGAAGAGUAUGAGAAGAAGGACAACUUCUUCAUUGAGCUGGGCCAGCCCCAGUGGCUUAAGCGAGGCAUCUCAGCUCUGCUACUCAACCAAGGGAAUGGAGACAAGAAGAUGACUGCAGAGCAGGAGGAGGCCCAGAGGAUAGCAGAGAUGGGCAAGCCAGUUCUUGGGGAGAACAAUCGCCUUGAGGUCAUCAUUGAGGAGUCUUAUGAUUUUAAGAACACGGUGGAUAAACUCAUAAAGAAAACGAACCUGGCCUUGGUGAUUGGGACUCACUCAUGGAGGGAGCAGUUUAUAGAGGCAGUUACUGUAAGCGCAGGGGACGAGGAGGAGGAUGAGGAUGGACCCCGUGAGGAGCGGCUGCCAUCCUGCUUUGACUACGUGAUGCACUUCCUGACGGUAUUCUGGAAAGUUCUAUUCGCCUGCGUUCCACCCACGGAGUACUGCAAUGGCUGGGCCUGCUUUGGUGUCUGCAUCCUGGUUAUUGGUGUGCUCACUGCCCUCAUCGGAGACCUGGCCUCACACUUUGGAUGCACCGUGGGCCUCAAGGACUCAGUCAAUGCCGUGGUCUUCGUAGCCCUGGGCACCUCCAUCCCUGACACGUUCGCCAGCAAGGUGGCCGCGCUGCAGGACCAGUGUGCCGACGCGUCCAUCGGUAACGUGACCGGCUCCAAUGCUGUGAACGUGUUCCUGGGCCUGGGUGUGGCCUGGUCGGUGGCAGCGGUGUACUGGGCGGUGCAGGGUCGCCCCUUCGAGGUGCGUGCAGGCACGCUGGCCUUCUCGGUCACGCUGUUCACCGUCUUCGCCUUCGUGUGCAUCGCAGUGCUGUUGUACCGGCGCCGGCCACAGAUCGGCGGCGAGCUGGGCGGCCCGCGGGGACCCAAGCUGGCCACCACCGCCCUCUUCCUGGGCCUCUGGUUCCUCUACAUUCUCUUCUCCAGCCUGGAGGCUUACUGCCACAUCCGGGGCUUCUAGGGCCCUAGCCACCGCCCUGAGUGUGGGGACUUGGUGGCAUUUGCUCUUGGACCCACCGGUCUCUCUACCCAGACUCAGCCUGGGCGCUUCCUAGGCUCUUCCUCCUCAGCCUUCUUCCUGGGAUCAGCCUCCCUUUCCCCCUGGAAUCCCAUCCUUUGCCCUCCCUUCUCAGAUGCAUCCCCUUUAGCCCUUCCUUUGUGAGUUAAACCCGAGUCCCCUGGCCAGACACUACUUCUCUGUCUCCCUAGACACCGAGCCUGAUUCUAUCUUCUCGUGUCCCUCCCUCAAGCCACGAACUUCCACCUGUGCCCCCAGGUCUUAGAACAUCUCCCUAGGUACCUCAGAGGGAGGCUGUGCCAUCCCAGGACGCCAUCCAUCUCUGCCCUUACCACCCCAACCCUCAGGGAGCUCCCUUGCAGGCCCCAGGGAAAGGGAUAGGGGUUUGUGUGGGGUGGGGGGCAGGGAGAAAGGCACGCACCUUCCCUGAUUUAUCCACUCAGAGGCUUGGAGAUGGAGGAGGGACGUUUGGAGUAUCUGUCCCCCAGGCUUAGCCAGAGGAGGCACAUCUUGAACCCACUACUUCUGACAUUCCAGCGCCCUACUCACCCUCCACUACCUCUGAGAGCCUAGCCACGCCUUGGAGGGAGGAGCCUGUGUGUGUAUAUAGUGUGUUUGGGGAGGGGGGCAUGGGAGGGUGCAUGUCUUGGGGAAAGGGGCGUUGACAGACUUUCCCUUCUGAGAGGGCAGUAGGACUCACUCAGCCUUGAGAACCGGCUUAGUGGAUGAGACUGAGAAUCAAAGGGAGCCCACUUGACCUCCCCUGACAGUAUUCUAGAAGGGUUAACGAAAAUACUCUAGUCUAGAAGGUUUAUUUUGCUCUCAGUGCCAGCCAAUCUGGGCAGGACCCUCGAAGAGGAGACCGAGGGUCCCAGAGGACCAAUGCUACAAGCCAGCAAAUGCUGCCACAUCUCUGCCUGUUGGGGGGCGGGGGUGGAGGGGAGGGUGGGAGGGGGGCUGGGUGGGCAUUUUUAACUUUGCAGGCCAUACAUCUGUUGGUAGGCCACCUGCAUUUUCUUACUGUUGAUGUUUCCUGCCCAAAAAAGACAUCCUUGGGGAACGGGGAGUGCUGCCCACUCCUUGCGACCUUAGGUGACCCUGCCACCCUCACAGCCUUCUGCUUUCCCUAAGUUAUUAUUUUUGCAUUUUCUUGUCCAUUUGUGCAUCAAACCCAUUACCCACUGCCCUUCUCACCCCUUGCUCAUCAGCAUCACUUGAUGUCCCUUCUCUGUGGUUUCUGUAAAAACUGCCAUAAAACUUUGAAAUUCUGCCUGAA